AUGGUGCUGGAGGCUACUGCGCUGGCUGGCACAGGUGGCAUCAUCGUUUUAAGUCUUCACAUCUUCCUGCAUGGCCAUCACUUCCAGUCCAUUGCCUCGAUGCUCCGGGGUCUGUCAAAAUCCAGCUGUGAUGAGCCAGACUCUCUUCACAAAGCACACAGAGGCCAAGUUCAAGAGGAGUUGUGGAAGAUUCGCGCCCGAAUGUACAAGAACGCGAUCAACUUGUUUGUGCACCCUGUUGGGUUUCUGGUCGUCGCAUUCAUGUACGAUAUCGUGAUGGAUUUCUGCUUGCCGAACAUUCUCCGACUUCUCUGCCUAUGCGGAGUGUACUUAACACAUACCGCAGUGCUCAAAGGCUUCCUGAGCUUGAGUCGGCAGAACCUCACCAUCUUCUACAUCGUGUACAACGGCUCCUUCGUGCUGCUUCUGCUUGGUGGCGCUGCGAAUCGGGACAGCGAAGGGCACGCGAUGGCCGUGCAGGUGUUCAACGAUGGGAGCCGGCUGGUGAUGUCCGUGGUCUUCAUGCAUUCCUGGACGACCAUCCCCUCACAGCUUGCCAUGUCGGCAGCUGAAAGCUUGGUUUAUUGGCUCAAGAACGAGGAUCACAGAGAUGUCAUGACGUACGCGGUCGGGCAGUUCGUAUUCGCGGUGGGCAUCUGUGCGGUCUGCGCGGCUCUUGAGUUUUGGGUGAUCUCACAUGCCUCUGCGCUCUUAGAUGCAGAGUCCAUGGUGGCGAGCUUCCGUCGGAUGCUCCGAGGCGUUUCGGACGGCGAAGUGCUGCUGACCGAGAACAUGAGCAUCUGCGAGAGCACGGAGUGCCUCAAGCAUCUGCUCAUGUCACCGACGGGAUGCAAAGGUCAGAACUUUCAGCAACUCCUGAUGACAGACGAGCGGGAAGACUUCACUCGAUUCAUCAAACAGUCCACGGAGGAAAACUUGAAGCCUGAGAAGAACAAGACUACUCCGCCCUGCCUUCGGGUCUCUCUCCAGGGCACGAAUGGCAUCCGGGUAGGCGUAGACCUUUGGCACGUCCCCAUGCCUGACAUGUUUGGGAAAGAGGGCCCGCAUCACCUCAUAGCGUUGAGGGAGGAUUGGGAGACUCGCUUGCAGCCCGAUGCGCUGCCACAAGUCCAGAAGAAUCUACCGAAGGUCACCGGAGCCCCGUCAUCGACCCGAGCGCAGUCAGAGGCGAGUUUCAUGUCCCAAUCUUCGUACAACUCCCUGACGCAGAACUAUCCAGAGUUGGUGGACAUGACAUUGCUGGUCGACGGUGGGUCGCACUGGCUUGAUGUGGAGCAAGCGCACCUUCGUUUCGUGAAGCAACCAUCAGAUCCUGACGCACACAUGCCGUCCCUGCGUCGGCUUGUGCGCCCAACAGACUGGGAAUCGGUGCGAAGCAAAUUGGGCGCCUUUAUGCGAGAAUGCAGAGCCAACCAGGAGACGGAGAACCUGCACAUGAAGCUGCGCAUGAUGGACAACUCAAAGAGGACCGUGGUUGCGCACGACGUGGAGGUCUCGGCCUUCCACCCGCCACUGGUGGGAGGGAGCGAUGCGGGUGAGCCCGAUACGAAGAUAUGCUUGCAGUUCGGCAACUUUGCCUUCGACGACGCGAACAAGAAGAAGACACAGCCGAGCCUUGUUGGCAUCACGGAGUUCGAGCCGUUGGCCGACUUCAUGGAUGCCAGCCCAUAG